UGAAGGAGUCUCGGUGAAGAGGGGCAGUAACAGGAACUGAAGCAAAGUGCUGAAAAAUAUGUCAGGAGAGAUAGUGAAGACUCUUCAGAACAGUUUAAUAUCAUUCUCGAUGACAGCUCACAGACUGAGACAGUCCGCUGGAAAAUAAUUUAUCCUCCCAGACUGUCAACUGAAGUCACGAUGAUUGGACUGAUAGUGCUGGGGCUUCUAUGGGGAGAACUCUCUGCAGAAACUCACUCUCUCCGGUAUUUUAUCACUGGUAUGACUCCGAUUCCCAAUUUCCCAGAGUUUGUGAUUGUUGGUUAUGUGGACGGGGUCCAGUUUGUUAUGUAUGACAGCAAUCGCAAGGAUUUAAUCCCCCGGGAACAGUGGAUGGUGGACAGCGAAGGACCCAAGGCCUGGAAGCGGAAACGGUUUCUUGCUCAGGAGCGAGAAGACUGUGCCAAACGGGAUAUUCUCACAUUUAUGUCUCGGACCAACCAGACAGGGGGGAUCCAUAUUUACCAGAUGAUGACUGGCUGUGCCCUGAGGGAUGAUGGGACUGUGAGUGGGUUCAACCUCCGAGGAUGGGACGGGCAAGAUUUGAUCAGCUUCGAUAAGGUCCACAGGGUGUGGGUGACCCCAAUCCGCUGGGCAGAAAGCAUCAAAAACAGCAUCGAGUGGCUGAGAAAAUACCUGGAGUACGGACAGAGGGAACUGAGAGUCGUUGCCCCCAUUGUGUCCUUUAUCCGUCUGGGUGAUUCUAACUGGCUGUCCUGUCUCGUCACUGGGUUUUACCCACGAGCCAUCGAGGUGACUCUGUGGAGGGACGGAGCGUUGAUUGAUGAGUCCCUGUCCACAGGGAUCUUACCUAAUCAUGACAGGACCUACCAGAUCCGGAAAUGGAUAGAAUUUGAUCCGGAGGAUCAGGCCGAGUAUUCCUGUCAGGUGGAGCGCAGUGGAUUGGAGGAGAAACUGGUGGUGAUUUAUGCUUCUGAUGAAAGGACAUACUCAGACAGUUCUGCCAUUUCCUGAGCUCCCUGAUGAAAGAGCAACGCUCCGAAAGAUAGUGUUUCCAAAUAAAUGUGCUGGUCCAUAACCUGGUGUUGUUUGAUUUUUAACUUUGUCCACCACAGUCCAAUGCCAGCACCUCCACAUCAUCUGCAAUAAGAAAGAGUCUAACCAUCAGCCUUUGACCAUCAAUAGCUUUACCAUCACUGAAUCCCACUAUCAACCUCUGAGGGGUUUCUAUUAAUCUGAACCUGACCUGGACUGAACAUAUAAUACAGUGGCUACAAGAGC